UGUAUUGGUACGCAGCAUCACGCUAGCAAUGGACCACCUUUGCACACGAUGUGCAAGGCUGAGUCUCAGGGCGAGACCUACGAGCUCGGCAUUGCCCCCAAAAAGCACCUUUCGAAGAUUUUCUGCCGCCCGCAGCCUGCUAGCAGACGACGAUUCUAAGGCCUUGAACAGCAAUGCGAGCUCGUCCGGUCCACGUAUAAUCCGUGAAAAGAUAGGACCGAAAGGUGCUGGUCCAUCACACCUGGUCCGUGAAUCAAGUGCACCAGCCCAGCGUGGUACGCUCCUGAGACGGUCAAAUACUGGCCCAGGCGCCGCAGCUCGCGCGGGAGCCGCAACCACCCAGCCUGGCCAGCGUCAAAAUAUCAACAGAACAUCAACACCUGGUUCAAGGCCCUCUCCGCCAGGCCCCGUUCUGCGCCGUACAGGCCCUCCUCGCGAUGGCACCUCCAGCCGUCCUCCCUUCCAACGCAGCGGACAAAGAAGCUCUCAGCCCGGUAAAGCUCCAGCGGGACGUGGUACAGGACCUCGAGUAGACAAGAGAAUUCAGCGCCGCGAUCAAAGGAAGGCAAGAAAAGCUGCAGAGGAUGAGGAUGCCGAUGAAGAUCUCGAGAUUGAGGAAAAAGUAGACCACUGGGUCAAUACGGUGAUUGAUCCGCCUCCAAACCCCACUGAGGAGAUCACCUACACCCCCGGUCAGAACAUGGCGGUCAAGGACCUUCGAGCAGACUGGCCAAACACACCGCUCUCUGGCACGGGCUUGACAGAGACUGUUCAGCAGCGGAUCGAAUGGCUUGCGCACCGCAUCCCGCAUGGCUAUCAGACCCCCGGGCAACUCGCCGAGCGUUACGUCAAGGGCUACUUCACACGCUUCGAGAGUGAGGAAGAGAAGGCCGAAGUGUUGAAAUUGGCCGCGGAGAUGGCUCAGAAGCGUGCCGAUCGAGUGACAGAGCGGAAGAAUAUCGAGGCUAAGCCACACGACAUGUCUUUCAGCGACGUUGUCUCACGACAGACAGAGCGUCAGGGCCUUGCCGAUACGUAUGUCCGUGGUGACUACCCAACAGUCCGAAAACAGAAGAUGCCAUUUUUAGACCAUGUGGUCGAGAAUUUGAACAACAAUGGCACUUACCAGGGCACGCAGACGAAGCAGUUCAUGAAGACCAUUCGGAGAUUGAUGGCGGCUGGCCAUCCCAGCCAGGCUCCCAAACCCGCUGCUCCCAAACAGGUAUCCAAAAGGGCUUGAUUUGAGCAUAGAUAUGUAGCAUUAUCUGUUCCGUACGCCACUUUCUGGGAUGACUCUGCUAGUUCUGGUAUGGGAAAUGUAGAGAGGUAUUUAGAUCGGUCUGGGAAAGGAGCUGUACUCGUACAAAAGGUCAUUGAUCAUUCUCUCACUUUUUGAGAAGUCCUGCUUCUCACGUGGCCUUCUGGUAGCCUCCAUGGCUAUUCUAUCUA